CGUAGGUUUGACCGGCUUGUGAAGCUCAGACACAAUGAACCGUCAGACGGUGCGGGGUACGCAUGUUGGGCCGGAGGCAUAGGCACGGUUUAGCAGAUUAUUCUUCUUAAUUGUGCCUUUUCUUGGAUUUAUUUAGUAAUCUCCAGACUGCUGAAACACUGUAUGGCGGUAACAAGGCUCAGCUGGAAACGGUUGAUUCGUCGAGUUUGAUGAAAACGAGGUCAGGCUCAGACUACCGUUAGCCCCUCCUGGUGGAUUCUGUUUCCGUUGUUUUUUCUAGAUAAAGCCAACAAACCGAGGCAGAUAACAAUGUCGUUGACUGCUUCGUCUGAUUAUUUCGCUGCCGAGUGUCUGGUGUCGAUAUCCAGCGGUCCUGUCCUACACAGACCCACCCCAGUCGCCCCCGCCAGCCAGCCGGCCGUGGUGGGCCUGCUCCCCGGGGAGCCCGACGUGUCGAGCGAGGACAGGGAAGUGCGGGAGACGCUGAGGCUGGAGGGGGCCAACAUGAUGGCGGUGGCCGGUAUCCUCACCGACCUGCACGGCAAGUUCCGCCCCAUGUCGGCCUACUCGGAGAGCAGCAACUCCUCAUGUGGUGGGGAGAGCGGUUACACCACGUUGUCCGACCCCACCACCCCUACCAUGACCCCCUCCGCCACCCCUGUCCCCGGGCAGCAGCAGCUGAGGGGGGGUGGAGGUGGAGGAGGCGCGGGGGCCCCGCGGUCCCCGGUGAAGCGACAUCAGUGCACUUUUGACGGAUGCGACAGAGUUUACGGGAAAUCGUCCCACCUGAAGGCACACAUCCGGACACACACAGGUGAGAGGCCCUUCCCAUGCACCUGGCCGGACUGUGAGAAGAAGUUUGCCCGCUCUGAUGAGCUUGCCCGCCACACCCGCACCCACACCGGUGAAAAACGUUUCCUGUGCCCACUGUGCGAUAAGCGCUUCAUGCGUAGCGACCACCUGAUCAAGCACGCCCGCCGCCACCCUGACUUCCAGCCCUCAAUGUUGAGCCGCACCAAGGGCGCCUCCUCCUCCUUGUCUCCCAGCCCGGCCAUGCACCAUUAGGAUGGUCUUGGUUUGGGUGGAGGGGGUUUCCUAACAGGAGCACAGAAGGUCACGAUGGUUUCAAGUUAACCAGCUACAAUCAGAUCCACUGAUUUAGGAUUUAGCAUUGCUGUGUUGUACUCAACAAAUGUGCACAUAACACACACAACACACACAAAGCUGGAUGUGAGGGGAGAAAGCGGCUUCAUCCCUCCAUCUGCACAGAUGAGUCAUGUGACCACUAUCCACCUGCUCAAUAGAACUAGGGUUGGGUAUUGAGAACGCUCCAAAUCUUAAAGAAGUGAGGAUUUGUUAAGAAAUGUGCUUUUUCGAUUCCACUUAUCGUUUCCUGAAAGCAAAGUUUGGACCUACUUUACUUCAUUUACAUCGCAGAUUACACGUGUAUCAAAGCACGUGUAUAAUGUUUACAAUAAGACGGAGUGGGGCCUGUUUUCAAAAGUGGCUGUGCUUCACGAAAGACCGUAAUGAUGCGGUGAAAUGUAGUCACUGCAUGAAAAUAAAUAUAUGCAAGGAAAGAAAGUCUAAUACAACAACACAUUUACUACAGAAACAAGUAGAAGGCAGCGUUUUUAUAAAAUCCUGUAUCAUAGUGAAAUGAAUUUAAACAUUUUUAUAGCUCAAAUAACCAGAUAGGAACGUCUGUUUUUGGUAAAAACACACGAUUAAUUUCAGGGCAAAUCAAGGUACUUCAUCACAUUGAUGCAAAAAGUCUGUAAAACCAAUUAUGCCACGAAGCAGUCCUGCUCAUCGAUUUACAACACAACAUUAAUACAAGGCUUUAAUGCCUCAAAAAGCAAAAUCAAAUGUAAAACAUUCAGCUUUUCUGUGGCACAACAGAGAAUGUUUAUAUAUAUUUUCCUUUUUUAACCAAAAAUCACAGAACACUUCCUCAUUUAUUACAUGUUUAUGGCAGCCUAAACCUUUUGGAAAUAAAUGUGUGGUGUUUUUUAUGUUGAACAUACUUUGUUUUCUUUUCUUUCUCAGGAUUCGAUGAGAAUGGGAAUCAUUAAGCAGAUUUGAGUCUAUGAAAUAAACCCAACCCUAAAAAAUAACCUCAGUUUCUCAAACACUUCCACAAAUUGCAGGGAUUUUUCACAUUUUUCUGUAAAAGUCUGCACAUUCAUCAUCAGCCAAAACUCCUCUGUUUUCUAGUGGUUCAUUUGUAGACUGUUGUUGUGCUCCUCGUUUAUUUCCCAUGAGUAGCAUAAACUUGUGAUGUUAGGUAGCGAGGCGCCGACUAGAAGCCUUUUAGCUUUUCUUUUUUUUUAGCUUUGCUGAUUCCAUAUAAAAGUUUAUUUUAGUGGUGACACAUUCCUUAAUUUUUAUUGCAUCGGUAACCAUCAUUGAGGCAAUUUUGUAAUGAUUUCUAUAUAUUCAGUUUAACUAUAGAUCUAUUGAUUUUGCCAGAAAGUGGAUCAAACUUCACUGUAGAAAAGCUGAUUGCACGCCAUCCUUACAUCUAGAUCAGUUAUCACACAUGAAAUGCUGAUACAUAAUACACAGUAUUAUGUCUAAUACUGAUGCAAAUGUAUAUAAGCUUUAAGCUUUUAAUGUAGAUUAAUGGUAAUGCUACUAGCAACUGAAUUAAUACAUGUGAUGAAUUGUAGUCCUUAUAUUAGGGGUAACGGUAUACUCUUGAUAGGAUGGCAUUGCUUGUGAGUGUCGGUGUGUAUGUGUUUUUAUUUACAUUUUUGUUAGCGACAGAACUGGGGAAAAAGUGUGUAUGCGAUGAUAUCAAAAUGUUUUGGGGAAACAAAAAUGACAUGAGUCGAGCUUGACUUUUAGCUGGCUGCCUUCGAAGUCAAAGCCAUCACCCCAUUCAUCAGGGGUGUGGAGCCAGACGGCAGAAGGCAUUUCAGGAUCAGGAGUGCCAGGUGUUUCUGUACACGGUUUGAGUCUUACAUGUAGAGUUACAAAAAAUAACCUGUUAUAACUUUUAGUGUGGGAACCAAAAUUGGUCUAAAACUUGUGCUAAUCUGCUCCCAUUGAGGAAAGCUAAUACCAGUAGAUCUUUACUGAGUUUGACUUAUCAAAGCAUAAAAGCACAAGUGCAGCUGAUAAAGUUAAUAAUGGCUUUAUGUUAUGUACAAUAGUCAUGAACCAGCAGGCACUUGUAAAUGGGAUGCCGCCAUUAAUAAUGGUAUUAGUUACACCUGUGUCUGACAAGUCAAACUGUCCUCUGUGAUAAAGAAACAUUACAAUGUUGGAAAAACAAACGGGGAUUUGUUAAAGGGUAACUUAUGUAUUUUUUGGGCUAGACCCUGUUUUCCCUUUUUUUUUU